GUGGUUAGAUUGUAGGAGCACUUGAUAACUUUAUAUACGUAUGCGUAUUUUAUUCGAAACUUAUUAGCUCAAACUGAAAUCAAGAACUUGUUAAAUUAAAAGCGAUUUUAAAUUUAAAAAAAAUGCAGAAAAAUAGUAGUUUUACUUUAAACGAAAAAGUUGGAUUCAUUGAACAAUUAUUUCAGAAUGCUCUACCUAUGGUAGCAAAAUCAACUAAAUUAUUGCAGUUUUUACCAUGUGGAGCAUCUAGAGAUGCUUUCUACGCAUAUCCCUCUUUUGGGAAAAUAGUUGAUGUUCAGUCAAAUGAAAUUUUAAGUCUCAUAUCAAAAAUUUUGAAAACUCAAAAUAUUAAAGGAAAUAUAGAAAGGCGUCAGCAAGACGAACAAUUCGAAAUGAUUUUGGACUGCAAUGAUUUAAUACUAGAACGUGUCAAUAGCAAUUUAGAUAUAUUAAGUGGAAAAAACCGACAGCCGGGGGCAAAUAUAGUAGAAUCAAAAUUGAGUAAUGUCAGUGAAACAAGUAAUGCCGGUGUUUGGAAUUCAAAACCUACUCAGAAAACCACAACAAACAAACUCAUAACAGCCUACAACAUUCCUCGUCCACAAGCCAGCUUCAAUAUUCCCAUUGACAAUAGUGCGGAAACACCUUUCAAACCAAAGCUUAAAGAAAAACCAAAUUCGUUAUGUUCUUUAUCAAUCUUGCCAGAAUAUGAUUCUAAUGGUGAUAUUAUAGGGUAUUCUCAUCCAUAUGAAAUUGAGUUAUUAAUGUAUGAGCCCACAAUUACGCAACUACAAGUUAUAAUACCUAAAAAACCUGAAGACAUUAAAGUUACAGAAUUUGUUUAUGUAGAACAAAAAGAACAAUUGAGAACUCUGCUUGAAUUAAAAGCUGAAAAAGAAAUAGCCAUUGAUCUAGAACAUCAUUCAUACAGAAGUUACCAAGGGAUUACAUGUUUAAUGCAAAUAUCUACGAAUAAAAAGGAUUAUAUAAUAGACACAUUAACUUUACGUGAUGAUUUACAAAUUCUCAACGAAGUAUUUACUGAUCCAGGAGUGUUAAAAAUAUUUCAUGGAGCUGAUUCGGAUAUUGAGUGGCUGCAACGAGAUUUAGGCUUGUAUGUGGUAAAUAUGUUUGACACAUAUCAAGCGGCAAAAGUACUUGGAUUAGGUGGAUUAUCGCUUAAAUAUCUCCUUUUGCAUUACUGUAAUGUUAUAGCUAAUAAGCAGUUUCAAUUGGCAGAUUGGAGAAUAAGGCCCUUGCCUACGGAACUUAUUAAUUACGCAAGACAGGAUACUCACUAUCUUAUAUAUAUAGCACAUAAACUGCGUAACGAGCUUUUAGAUCACGCUAAUGGGCUUAACAUGUUAAAAGCUGUUUAUAUGAGUUGUAGAGAUAUUUGCCGAAAAAAAUAUGUAAAACCUGUGACAUCAGAAGAUUCUUUCUUGGACAUGUAUAAAAGAUCCAAACGAACUUUUGAUAAUAGACAACUUUACGCUUUAAAAGAAAUUUUUAUAUGGCGGGACAAUAUUGCGAGACUUGAAGACGAGAGUUCUGGCUAUGUUUUGCCAAAUCAUAUGCUUCUUCAAAUAGCGGAAAAUUUACCUCGAGAAAUGCAGGGAGUGUUAGCUUGCUGUAAUCCUGUUCCAUCAUUGUUAAGACAGAAUUUAAUUAGCUUACACAAAAUUAUUUUAAAAGCAAGGGAUCAACCUCUAGUUAAGAAGCACAUUAACCAAGAGAACAGUGAGCGUACCCUCCUUCCGACAAAAGAUUUCAGUAGCAAAAUAAAUUCGUUGUAUGACAGCUCAUUUGAAGCAGAAGUUGCAUAUCAUCUUUCGGAUUUUCAAUUAUUUUCAGAAUUUAAUUUUCAUUUCAAAUCCGUUUUAAAUAUUUUCGAGGAAAAUAGGAGAAAUGAAAUACAGAGUAAUAAAAAAAGGGUACAUACAUCGCAAAAUGUUAAAUUUGCUAGUCCUUAUCAAAGAUACAAGGCAGUAGUUUCUAUUAACGAGCAAGAAAGUCAGAAAGCAAAUAUGGAAAGUGGACACAACCGUAAUUUAUGCCCUGUCAAAGGAGAAAAAAGCGAACACAAGUUUAUUGAUUUAAAGAAAAGUGCGCUUGAUAAUUUAAAUUUACAUGAAAACAAAAACCCAAAGGAAAACAUUGAAGUUCAAAAACUCUCUUUUAUUUCACGUGAUUAUGGGUCAACUUUUUCAACAGAGAAAAAUACAUUUCAAUUUCCAAACGAAAUUACCGCAAAAAAUUCCGACCAGGCUAGUUAUGUUAAAUCUAAUAUAGGAGAGAUAAAUGAAGAUAAAAGAGAAUCUGCUGAAUGUUUUAAUUAUUCAACUAUAGACAUAAAAAAAUUUGGAGGUGGUUCUAAAAAACAUUCUAAAAUUGAUCAAAGAAAAGGUGUUUUAAAGAAAAGGAAAACGGAUUGGAAGAAGUACAACAGAAUGUUCACCUUCAAUAGUGGAAAUAAAAGAUAAUUUUAAUAUGUCAAAAUUAUUGAAAUUUACAAUAAUCUGAUGAUCAUUUAUGUUUAUUCGAAUAAAUGUUUUAUUUCUUUAAAAAUUAA